UAUCUCUGGGCGGAAGCAGGGUUAUUCCCUUGGCGCGCUUUCGCCUGGCACACCAUGGUCGUAGAGCUGAAAAACGCAUGGUGCGCUUCUCGUUUCGGAAAACGUUCCUCUUUUCAAAAGGUUCUAGGUAGGUAUCUAAGUAUCGUACCGGUAUACCGGCAUCACUCGACAAGGUCAAGGACAAGCGUCGUAUAGGCAGUUUGGUAGGGUCUAGGUAGUUCAUGAACCCCUCUAGUGGAGGAGAUUUCGUCAGAGCUUACCUACUUACUUGAGCAGCCAUCAAUCUGUGCUCGCUGGUAGAGCGGCGCGGAAGACAUACAUGCCCGGGCGCAGUGUACCGGGUAGCAAUCCGCCAACCCUACGCGGGAGCUUAUGCUUGAGCGCCUUCUCUCUUUUUUUUUUAUUUGCCUAUGGCGUUGCUCAUGGAAUGUUUAACUGGUUGAACAGCCGACGACCGGCGUUGAAAAGCCAACCAACAACACAACUGCGUCAGCCAAUGCACAGACACUUGGCGUUGUCUGUCUCAGCCCGUCCUGGCUUUUCGCCCUGAAGGCUAUUCCUAAAAGGUUAUUUCAACAAGUAAUGCUAUAUUUACUUGUCCUGGAGCCAAGUGUUUCGCACAGUAGCUAGCUAGCGCCCAUAGCCUCGUGCUGCAAGACAUGAUAACAGCCAGAGCUAGUUAUUGCCGAAAUCCGAAGAUGAGGGGGAACGUCGCGAAAUGAAGAGGGAAGUCGAUGAUGAUGAUGAUGAUGAG